AUGGACGACACCACUCCAGCUUCGUCAUCUCGUCAGACUCACUCCCUUGCUCACACUCACAAUCCCAUUCCUUCAAAUUCAGCCUCGUCACGUAUCUCUCUCCCUUUCAGAGGAUCCUUCGCCAACUUGGCGCGACUGAUAGGACUCGGCUCGUCCGGAAAAGAUAGUCAUGUCAAUGUAUAUGAGGAUGAAGAUGAUGUGACGGACGGGGACGGUGAUGAUGACGAUGAAGAGGAUGCCGGAGGCGAAGAAGGUGAUGUGGACGAAGAGGGUUUGAUGUGGGAUGCUCAAACUGCUCUGAUCGCUCAUCAAUUGGAUUUAGCCAUCAGGCUGUAUACCCAAGCUGCUCUUCCGCCUUUUUGCUCUCCUGCAGCUUGCCUGGCGCUGGGAAACCUGUUGAUUCGAGGGUCAGCUUUCACUGAACAUGAUCAACACAAUCAACAUGUGGAUGGUGCGAAAGGCAAAGGAAGAGCAUCGUUAUCAUAUCAGGAUGGCGACGAUGAUGAGGAAGAGGGCGGAAAUCAAGCUAUGGCGUCUAGGUUUUCAACUUAUACAGCGCCUUCAAAUGUCUUUAAUCGAAUGUUCGGCUCGAAUACCACUAAACAGACUACAAAUCCAUCUCGACCUGUUCCAUACAGAAGACCCACGGUGGAUUUGGUAGAUGCAGGAUGGCAAAUACCGAAAGAUGGGAAAAGAGCCGUGAGAGAUGCUAAAGCUAUGGGAGUAGCUGGGGCUUGGUUCGUCCUUGGAUUAGGAUGGAUAGUACAAUCCGAGAUGGAUAGAGCUUCAACCAAAGAAAGUGAUUCUAGGAAUACAAUGUCAAUAACUCAACCUAUCAGGAUGGUGUCGUCUUCUUCUAUAGAUAAUAUAGGAAGAGAAUAUGUGGACGAGGAAAUGUUAUCAUUUGACCCGAAAGGAAAAGGUAAACGAUUUUUACCGCAAACAUCCAAUUCACGACCGAUGACACCGAUCGAACCGACAGAAGAAGCUUCCACGUUAUCAGAUUCCGUCUCCACCCUCUGUCCACCUAAAUCAUUUCCCAGCUCUAGUUCAGGAACGACAGUAGAAUCACCUCUUGUACAGACUCCAGGUGUUGGGCUGUCGGAAGAUCCGUUCAACCAUGGCGACGAUGGCUUGGCCGAAGAUCUCGAUGCUCUACAAACAAUGUUUGAUCUGCUGCAACCACUCUUAAAGUUGUAUCGACAUGGACAUAUUCAGUCGCAAGAUCCAGUAGCUCUCCCACCUAUCGCUUUACAGAAGCUUCCUGCGGCUUUACGCCCUCGAAACGAAAAGGAGAAAGGCAGGAACGUAUGGUAUCUCGGAAGUGUAGUAAUGAACAGAUUAGGUGGACUGGCUAUACUGAACCAUAAGAGCGGAUCGUUUGCGCAUUCGAAAAAUGCAGAAAAAUUGAGAGGAGGUGUCAAUAUAGUCACGAAUUAUAUACUUGCCAUGACGUCUCAUGGUCUGGAAGCCGAAAAACACUUCCGAAACGUAAUCGCACAUACGCCCACCGGAUUCGAUGCCGCUGAUGACUUGAUAAGGCAAGCUGCCAAGCGUCUGGACAUCAUCACGUCCUCACCUCAAGACGAGAACGGCAUGGAUGGAUAUCCCUUCCCAACAGCUUCAUCUGAAAUCUCGACACGUCUAUCUCCUCCUAAGCCCUUAUUUGCGGCUUCAUCACACAGUCGAAGGACAUCGAGCGUUGGACUAUCUCACACACAUCGUCGGCGAAAGAUGUCCACGUCGUCCAACGCCUCCAUAUCAAUGUCAAGGAUAGUUUCUACACCACUCAAAUCCUCGCCAUCCAUGGCGUCCUUAUCUUCAAUUACCGAUACUGCGCUUGAGCCACUCACGAUCCAGCCCAGCGAGAACGAUUGCGCUAUCUCUACCUUGAAGAGAUUGCACGCUCAAUCCAUGUGUGAUCUGACUGAAGUUUCCGCUCGAGAAGAAGAAGAGACUCGGUGGCCAACUCUGGAUGGAUGGAGUAUAUCUGCCUCUGAUCAAGCUGAUUUCGGUGUAUGUCAACAAUCGCAAUGUACAUUAGUUCCCAAAUCUCACAGCAAUCGACAACAAGGACUAUCCAUUUCACCAAGCAAUACUUUGCGAGCUGUCGCUUCGUCUCCCCACUUCGGCACACUUGCGUCCAUGCAUGAGAAAAUGGCUUCAACGGCUUCAACACCUCGUCGCAGACUCCCUUUCGAGCCUACUGGAAAUAUAGCACCUAUAGAUCCUGCAUUAGCAGCAGCCGAAAUGUCAAGUUGUCUGACAAAACAUGUAACCUGUGGUGUAUGUGGAGUGGAAGGUGUCAAUUUCCCCGAAUGCAGAAAAUGCGGAUUAACCUUUUGCUCAAGGGAUUGUAGAGUCGGUGAAGAUAAAGCUGGUAAUGGUAAAAAACAUAUAUGCGGACUGUGGGAGUCGAAGAAGGUUUUAUCAGACCAUUUGCCCGAUUCUAACGUAUCCUCCACCAUUCAAGCAAUGUCACCUGUCAGAAAUGUAUCGCCGACCGACGUGGAUCAAUUGUAG